AUGAAGGCUUUCGUUUGUGUGUUGGCAGUUUUGGUAGCGACAUGCUCCGCUGGAUUUAUUGGCGGCGGCGGCGGUGGAGGAUAUGGUGGGGAUCAUGGCCAUGGCGGUUCAGUACAAACCGUUAAAGUUGUCCACACAGAAGGUGGUGGUCAUGGAGGCUAUGGUGGUGGCGGUGCCGUUGGUGGUGGCCACCAUCAUCAUCAGGGUGGUGCAGCCCAGACCAUUAAAGUCAUUAAAGUUGCUGGUGGCUCUACUGGUGGUUACAGUGGUGGUCAUGAUCAUGGCCAUGGUGGUCCAGUGCAAACCGUUAAGGUUAUUCAUGCUGAAGGUGGUCACGCAGGUGGUGGACACGGACAUGGACAUGAUCAUGGUGCUGCCGUUAAAACCAUUAAAGUAAUCCAUGCCGAAGGUGGUCAUGGAGGUCACGUCGGUGGUCAUGAUCAUCAUCAUGGCCAUGGUGGAGCCGAAGAAGUUAAGACCAUCCAGGUUGUACAUGAGCAAGCUGACCAUGGUCAUCAUGGCCACGGUGGUGUUGCCGAGGGAGGUCAUGGCGGUUAUUCUUAUGGCGGUGGUGCUGAAGAAGUCAAAACCAUUCAGGUUGUCCAUGAACAAAGUGGUGCCGCAGGCGGUUAUGAUGGUGGUUAUGGCCAUGGCGUUGCCGGUGGUGUUGAUGAUCCUUUGGAGACUUUCAAGUCCCUUAAAGUCAUUGGUGCCUUGGGUGGUGAUCAUGGUGGCGCCUCUUAUGGCCAUGGCUGGCAAUGA